AUGAAUUGCUACGGUGGUGUGUCAGUGACGGGGACGAACUACGGAGACAGCACGGUGGCGGCAAGAGGGUCAAGCUGUAUCCUGGAAAAUGCUGCCGCAGUGGGUGCACAAACUGAACAGUAUCAUGAUAAUAAAGCCACUGGCAGUGUGUGGUACAAUGUGGUUCCACCGCCGACGGGUUGUCCUGUGCCAAACGAUGCCUUACCACUGGGCGGCAGUGCGGCCAGUGACGGUGGCACGUCGGGAGUGAUCGAACCAAGCUGUAGCAAUGUAUCUCCGUCCAUCUCCUCCGACCCUAGUGGCCGCUAUUACGACGAGGCUGGUGAGCUAUCGAUAACCACAGGACAUCCUCAUCAUCAUCAUCAUCAUCAUACUCAUACUCAUCAGCAUCAUACGCAUCAUCAUCAGUUUAGUAACAAUCGAUUGUUGAUGGGUGAGCAUCGAUCGCCACUGAUCUACGAAGGCAGCAAUGUGGAGCUUGGAUUCGGUGGCUUAAACAUUGAGGGCGAGAGUGGCACAUCCGGGCUGACGAAUCCCGGUGCUGCUGCUGCUACGAGUGUAGAUAAGAAAGUGCACCACGGAGGUGUGAAGGAUCGGUUUUUGAUGAGCAAUCUGUUGCAGCUCAACAGCACAUCCAGCACAGCGGACAGUUCGAGGACGAUGAUGCCGCCGGGAUCACCGAGCUCACCGGUGGAUAAAGACGAUCUGGAAGACACUCCAACACACAAGUCCGACCUGUCGAUGAGGACAAAGUCGUGCACGCUGAAAAAGCCCCGACGCAAUCGGACCACCUUCACCACCAACCAGCUGACGGCGUUGGAGAAAAUAUUCGAAAAAACUCACUACCCGGACGCGUUCGUGCGGGAGGAGUUGGCGAACAAGGUCGGGCUUAGUGAGGCUCGCGUACAGGUUUGGUUCCAGAACCGGAGGGCAAAGUUUCGUCGCAAUGAGCGUAGCGCACAGUCAUCGGGUGGUGGCGGUAGUGCUAGCAAGGGAGAGGACUUUUUCCAUCCUGGCGCAAUACCGCCUUCAGCGACAAGUGGUGGACUUGCUGGGUUUGCGGGGGUAGUAGACAAACCGGACAGCGGCCCCUAUUCGCUGUCCUUUUCUACGCUUAGUUCCAUCUUUUCGCCGGUCGUUUCACAGCUGCAGCAUCAUCAUGCACAUCACCAUCCCGCGGCGGGUAGUGUUCGUGCUGGUGGACAGUUCUAUACGGCCUACAAACCCCAGCACGAUGAGGCAGCAAACUUUUGCAGCCAGUCGUACCAGUUUCCGAGCUUAAAAUAUUUAAACAAUCUGCAACAGACCUAACCCAUGCACAGUGAAAACAACUUAACACAGCACGGUCUUGCUGAGUGGCCAGAAACGUCCGGAGU